GGCCCGGCGGACGUUCAAUGCGCCUGCGUGGUAGCGGGGCCGGGGAUUCAGAAGAAACCCCUUCAGUGAAACGAUUGCCAGUCCGUGUGGUCCGAGCGCAGCUACUUGAAGGAGUAAAGAUGGAGGUUUCGACAGAACCAAGCCCGGCACAACAGGGACCAGGCCCUACGGUUCAGGACCUGGAAACACCUGUCAGUGUUGUACCUGAAGUUCCAGAAGGUUCAAACAGCGAAGAGGAUCCAUCCCCACCAAAAAAAAUGAAAUUGGACACAGAUUCCGGUUCUGCUUUCGUUGAGCGCUUGAAAAAGUGCGACGAUCACCAGCUGUUCCAGUUGAUAAAAUUCUACCAGGACAGACUAGAAGAGGUGAUCGAAGAAGGAACAGAGGGACUCAGUCUCAUGCUUAAAGAAAAGGGAUGUUUCAGUGACCAAGAGCAUCACAAAGUCACUGAGCUCUUGGAAAAGGGAAACCAAGCAGACAGUUCCAAACUUCUUUUAAAUCUGGUGAUGGAGAAAGGCUCUCAAGCAAGGAGGAUGAUGUGGGAGUUCUUUGCGAAACAAUGCGAUGAGCAUCCAAAGUUAGAUAAAAUGUUGAAAGAAUUAGAAGACCUUGGAUCUGAUUCAUUCGAUUGCAUGAACAUUGGCCAAGAUUUAACUGAAAUGCCCAGCCAACUGAAAGAUGCUGAAGUGAAGCACAAAGAAGGGCUGCGGGAACAGACUGAAUUGCUGAGAGUGAAUUCGACUUUGAAGAAGGAGAAGGUGAAGAUUUUCCAGCUGGUUGAUCAUUAUGCCGAGCUGUCGAUCAUUUGUACGCCACGGGAUGUCCAGCUUGUGGAACACGAGCUGCUGGCAAGAAGCCGAGAGCACGAUGUGUGGAGGGAGAAACAUCUCCGCAAAGAAAUGACUAAAAUCCAACCUGAUCAGCUGUUCCAGGCCAAUUCUCCUGCAUCCCAAAACAAACCUGGGAUCUCGUCAGCACUUAGUGGAGUCCAAGGCAUUGGAAAGACAACAAUGGUACAAAAAAUUGUUUAUGACUGGGCCACAGAGAAAAUGUACCAGCAAUUUCAAUUUGUGUUCAGUUUUAAAUUCCGGGACUUGAACUCUAUUAACUGCACGAUAAACUUGAGGGAUCUUAUUCUUACUUUCUAUCCCUACUUUGGGAAUGUUCUGGGGGAGCUCUGGAAGAGUCCAGAAGGAUUGCUGUUUAUAUUUGACGGCUUGGACGAAUUUAACGGCAGUCUCAACUUUGACAAUCCAAAAAUGAUGGAACCUCAGACGUUCUGUGCAGAUCCGGAGUUCCAGUGUGAGGUGUCUGAAAUUGUGUGCAGCUUAAUCCAGCACAGGCUGCUCCCAGGAUGUUCAGUUCUGGUGACCAGCCGUCCCACGGCAUUGUAUUUGUUGGAAAAGGCGGGGAUCGGUGUCUGGGCUGAAAUCCUGGGAAUGGUUUGUGAUGAGCGGAAGGAAUACUUCAACAAGAUUUUUGAAGAUCAGGCUGUGGCAGCAGCUGUUGUCAGACACUUACAGGAGAAUGAGAUCCUGUAUCCCCUGAGCUACAACCCUUCUUACUGCUGGAUCCUUGGUUUAUCACUGGGUCCCUUCUUCACACAAGGAGAUGGGACGCAGCAGGAAAUUCCCAAGACCAUCACCCAGUUGUACUCUCACUAUAUUUGCAACAUGCUGAAAAGCCAUGGCCAGCAGAUUGAAAACCUCCGUGAUGUGUUUCUGAAGCUUGGUGAGAUGGCCUUUGCAGGGAUUUCAGAGAAGAAGGGUGUUUUUAGAAGUGAAGACUUGAUCAAAUACAAUUUGCAACCUUCCCAAUUCCUGUCUGGGUUCCUGAUGGAUCUUUUGGGAAGAGAUGAAUCUGCACAGAGUGUGGUGCAUGCAUUCCCACAUCUCACCAUCCAAGAGUUUGUGGCUGCACUCGCACAGUUCCUGACUCCCGAACCAAAGGACAUUGUGAAGCUCCUCAAUGAAGCUCAAAGCAAGGAAGGCGGGAGGUUUGAGAUUUUUCUCCGUUUUGUUGCUGGCCUCUCCUCUCCGCAAUCAGCUCAGCCCCUGGAGGAGUUUUUGGGUCCGUUUCUUAAACAGACAACCUCCCGAGUGACGGACUGGGUGAAGGAGAAGGUUAAUGGACAGCUUGUAAACACAAAGAAUAAAAUAGGGAAAAGGAACCAUAUGAAUACGCUACACUACUUGGCUGAGUCUCAGAAUAAGGUGCUGGCUCAGUCCACAGUCGGAUCUGUAGAGACAUUUAAGUUUUGUGGGUUGCGACUGACCCCAGUUGACUGUGUUGUCUUGUCUCAUGUCAUUGGACUCUGCAAUACAAUAAAACACCUCAAUCUGGAGAACUGCUUCAUCCAGUAUGAAGGAUUACAGCGACUGGGCCACAUAGUACACAAAUGCCGCGAGUUGAGAUUGGGGCGAAAUAAGCUAGGAGAUCCAGGAGUUAAAUUGCUUGCUGCAGCUCUGAUGGACCAAGACUGCAAAAUACAGAAACUGGAGCUGAAGAGUAACGCUCUCACAGAUUCUUGUGCUGAGGAUCUUGCCUCUGCUCUUGUUACAAACCAGACGUUGGUGAUUUUGUCCUUGAGUAAUAACAAACUGGGCGAUUCAGGAGUCAAACUGCUAUCAGUGGCUUUGAAGAACCCGGACUGUAAAAUACAGACGUUAGUGCUGAAGAAUAACUCACUGACAAAUUCUUGUACUGAAGAUCUAGCCUCCACUCUCAGCACAAACCGGUCAUUAACGGACCUGAUCCUGGGUGGGAAUAAGCUAGGUGAUUCAGGAGUGAAACUGUUGUCUGCAGCUCUGAGGAGCCCAGACUGCAAAAUUCAGAAGCUGCUGCUAUGGGAUGUUGGAAUCACUGAUUCUUGUACGGAAGAUCUAAUAUCUGCUCUCAGCAUGAAUCGAAUUCUGACGGACCUGAACCUGGGAUCAAAUGCCUUCACAGAUCGUUCGGUCCCUGCUUUCUCCCAGCUCAUACAGACCUGCAGGAGUCUGAAGUGGAUCUGGCUGGGGCGAAACCGGUUCAGUCCGAGCAAAAAGAGACACCUCAAGUUGCUGCAGAAUUCCAGACCAGGACUGAGCGUCGAAGUCUGAACAUUUUAUUUUGUAGUUGUAACUGGUCUUGUUAUGUGAACAGUUUUGGCCGAUCUUCUGUCCCUCCCCUUUAAUCGGCCACUGUCCGGGAUUAGAUCUACUUGGCUGUUUGCUCGAGCCAAACAAGUGUUGUCCACCCCACCUUCCCCCUGUUGUGAUGCCAGGGGUGCAGGGUCACGGGAGUGAGUCACCUGGCACCAGGGCUCUGCUUUUGCAGGGUUUCCGGGCUUGAAUGUUCUGUACUUCAACCUCUGAGGAAAUGUGUGGUCAGGAAGUGUCCGACAUGGGACUUAGUCUGGCCUGAAAUAUGAUACUCAGUAUUUCUGGGUUUUUAUAUACAUUAACAGUGUCUACGCUCAGUACCCAUCUCCGGUGAAUAUGAGCGAAUUGAGAAUAGGAAUAGGAUAUAUUCAGCUGGGAUGAUUCCAGCUUCCAAAAGCGGCCGAGCAUCCUAUGUCAGAUCACCCCAAGCUGGGUCCACAAGCAGAGAGGAGAAAUUUGCAAACUGCCAGAUGGGAACCUGCUGUGGGUGUUUGUAGUUUUUAAGCACCCUGAUCUUCCCGCAGUUCCGGUGCCAACAUGGGAACUGGUGUUAGCCAAGGCAAUUUAACUUUGCCGAAUACAGUGGACUGAAUUUUAAAGCAGAUUCAUUGUGGAUUAUGAGAUUUUCAAAAAGAGCUGAUGAUUCCUGUGGAACAUUCUGCGAAAAUGGAGGUACUGAUGAAGGGAUUUGUAUUAACCAUAUUUACGUGGCUUCAUAUAAUGAUGCACGCUUGGAAAUGUUUCUAACUUUGUUAAACCUCACCUCUGCAUCACGGCUUCCUGGAUUCAAUAAAGAAAGAACUGGUAACAGUG